AUGGCCAGCACUCCUGACCACCUGUCAUUCGUGGAAAUAGCUUCCAUCUCACAGUCCACCUUGUAUCUUCAGAUGUCUGCAACGAUUGUCGUACUCUGGGACCAUAUCACAACACUUGAUCUAGAGGUCGAACUCAUAUGGAAAAAGAAGCCAUCUCUGGUUCAACUGCUGUACUUCAUCAAUCGCUACAGCGGUGAUGCUCUGUUUCUACACGGGACUACCUGUCCAUCGGGCAGACAUGUACAGUCAUGGUUGAGUAUGAUCGCGCUAUGGUCGAUGCAAGGAAUCAACAUCAACCGCGUGUGGUGCAUGUACCGCUAUUCCAAGUCGAUCCUUGUUCUCCUCCUGGUGGCCUUCUUCUCACAGAUAGUAGCUUCCUCAAUCGUAGUCGCCCUCGAUACGAGCUAUCACGUCAUCGUCCCGAUGUUACCAAACCAAAGCUUCUGCAUCAGUGACGGCUGGCUGCCCUGGUCCUGGAUAUUCCUCUGCUUCAUCAUCGCCUUCGACACGCUCAUCUUCGUCCUCGCCCUCCUCGAAGCGGUUCGCUAUCUUCAUAGCACCCGCCGCCCACCCGAACUCAAGCGUCGCGGACGACCAAAGCAGACGCUCUUGGGAAUGCUGAUCUCUCCUUGGGUAACGAGGGGAAGUCUGGUCAGAGUGCUGCUCAGGGACAGUAUCUUGUUCCCAUUCUUGGGGUUGGCUUCGUCGAUUCUUUGUCUCUUGUCGUGGUUGGAAGUCUUGCCGUGGGGCUCGAUUCAAGUAACGAUGGUGCUCAACGCACUCGCAUCCCCCAUCCUCGGAAGUCGGCUCAUCAUCAACCUGCGCGACGCCUACUACCAACCUUUUGCUGAAGAAGUCGACCCCACCGACGACCUCUUCACCUCCACCCACCUUCGCACCUCCACCUCGACCAACGGCAUCCGCCUGCGUUCCUUCGAGAUGCCCAUGACGUUUGCGGAUAACGAGACCUUCACCAUGGAUAGCACGCGGAGUUUGCAUCGGGAUAGCAUAUAG